AGGGAGAGAGAGAAUGAUGACUUUUGGCCUAAAAGCAUCCUUGCUCCUACUAGCUAUUCUCUUAUUCACAGAUUGUUUGCAUGUUCAAGGCCAGAACUGUAAGCCAAGCGGCAAGAUUAGGGGGAAGAAACCUCCUCCUGGAGAAUGCAACGACGGCAAUGACUCUGAAUGCUGUGAAGAAGGCAAGUUUUACACAACAUACAAGUGCUCUCCACAAGUAUCUAGCCAUACCAUGGGAUUCCUCACUCUCAAUGGCUUUGAUAAGGGCCAAGAUGGAGGUGCCCCAUCUGAAUGUGACAACCACUACCACUCUAAUGACAUUCCUAUUGUGGCACUGUCAACUGGGUGGUACAACAAAGGAAGCAGGUGCUUAAACAACAUCACCAUAACUGCUAAUGGGAGGAGUGUGGUGGCCAUGGUGGUUGAUGAGUGUGACUCUACUAUUGGGUGUGAUACAGACCAUGAUUAUCAGCCCCCAUGUGAUAACAACAUUGUUGAUGCCUCGAGAGCUGUGUGGAAAGCCUUGGGUGUGCCUGAUAACAAAUGGGGAGGGAUGGAUAUAACUUGGUCUGACGUUUGUCACCCAAGUGGCAAGAUUAGGGGUAAGAAACCCCCUCCUGGAGAAUGCAACCAAGGCAAUGACUCUGAUUGCUGUAAAGAAGGAAAGCUUUACACAACAUACAAGUGUUCUCCAACGGUAUCUAGUCAUACCAAGGCAUAUCUUACUCUUAAUGGCUUUGAGAAAGAUGAAGAUGGUGGUGCACCGUCUGAAUGUGACAAUCAGUACCACUCUGAUGACACACCAGUUGUGGCACUGUCAACUGGAUGGUAUAACAAAGGGAGCAGGUGCUUAAACAACAUCACUAUUACUGCUAAUGGGAGGAGUGUGGUGGCUAUGGUAGUCGAUGAGUGUGACUCAACUAUGGGAUGUGACAGUGACCAUGAUUAUCAACCUCCAUGUGCCAACAACAUUGUUGAUGCCUCAAGAGCUGUGUGGAAAGCCUUGGGGGUGCCUCGUGACCAAUGGGGAGGGCUUGAUAUCACUUGGACCAACGCUUAA